GCGUGGCGGGGGCGGAAUGUCGGGGCAGAAAAAUCAAAAAAGAGAAAAAAAAAAAAGGCACACUUUUUAUCUGCCGCCGCCAUUCUUUCUUGUCAGCAUCCACUUUCCUUCGGGCCCCUCCUUUCUUUUCUUUGUAUAUCUCGAACGCCGCAAAGUACAGCUGGCUUCGAUCCGCAUCGAAAUGACUUCUGUUACCGUCACUCUGCCGGCCCUGCCUUCUGGCUGGUCUGCCGAGAAGGACUUCAAGGCCGUUGGCUCGCUGUCUGCCGCCACCCAGCGCACGAUCGAGCCCGUUGGCCCUCACUUCCUCGCUCACGCUCGCAGAAAGCGUCACAACCGCACUUUCUCUGAGGACGAGAGAAUCCAGGCCCAGAACAACGUCAAGAAGACCGAGGAUGAUGAGGAUGACAACAUCUCCGAGCCCGAAGACGCCAUGCUCCUGGCUCGUGAGGCCAAGGACUGGAAGAGCCAAGAUCACUACGCCGUGCUCGGUCUGACCAAGUACCGCUGGCGCGCCACCCCCGAGCAGAUCAAGCGUGCUCACCGCAAGAAGGUCCUGCGUCACCACCCCGACAAGAAGGCCGCCAUGGGCCAGAGCGACGAGAACGACCAGUUCUUCAAGUGUAUCCAGAAGGCCACCGAGGUUCUGUCGGACCCCGUCCGCCGCCGCCAGUUCGACUCCGUCGAUGAGGCCGCUGAGGUCGACCCCCCGACCAAGAAGGAGGCCUCCAAGGGCAACUUCUUCAAGCUCUGGCGCCGCUGUCUUGAGGCCGAGGCCCGUUUCUCCAAGAUCCAGCCCGUGCCUAUGCUGGGUGACGACAACAGCACCUUUGAGGAGGUCGACAACUUCUACAACUUCUGGUACAACUUCGACAGCUGGCGUACUUUCGAGUACCUGGACGAGGAUGUUCCCGAUGACGGUGAGAGCCGUGACCAGAAGCGUCACGUCGAGAAGAAGAACGCCAACGCCCGCCGCAAGCGCAAGACCGAGGACACUGCCCGUUUGCGUCACCUGGUCGACGACCUAGCCGCCCAGGACGAGCGUAUCAAGAAGUUCCGUAAGGCCGCUCGUGCCGACAAGGACAAGAAGCGUCUGGAGCGUGAGGCCGAGGCCAAGCGUCUGGCCGAGGAGAAGGAGAAGGCUCGUCUGGAGGAGGAGCAGCGCAAGAAGGACGCCGAGGAGGCCGCCAAGGCCGACCGUGAGAAGUCGAAGAAGGCUAAGGAGGCUGCUAAGAACGCCGCCAAGAAGAACAAGCGUGUUCUUAAGGCCUCCGUUAAGGACGUCAACUACUUCGCCGAGUCCGGUGAUGCCUCUGCCGCCCAGAUCGACGGUGUCCUCACCGAUGUCGAGAACAUCAUGGGCAAGAUCGACGCCGAGGAGCUGGCUUCUCUCGCUGAGCGUCUCACCGCUGCCGGUAAGGAUGCCGCCGCCGUCAAGGCCGCCUGGACUGAGGAGGCCGGCAAGAAGCUCAAGGAGGGUGAGGCCAAGUUCUUCGCUUAGAUGCGAUGUCUUGUUUAACGAAAAACUAAAAUCAUGGUGUUUUGGCGUGGUCUGUCAGACAAGCGCUUCUACAUUUUAGAUGGCAUGAUUGGCAAUGAUAAACAUGCUGGAUAGAUGGAUAGACUAGCUUUUCAGGAACUAAUGGAGGCAACGAACUUAUGCAUUCAUUUCAUUCUCUAUUGAUUCCUAUAU